CUUUGGGAGAUUCGAGUGAGAUGGCCUCCACGGAGCCUGAACCAAGAGCCAGUGCAACAGGCAAUGCCACAACACGUGGUGUGGAUCAGACCCUCGGCAACACAUCAACAGCCAUUCAGCGACUGCACAAGGAGACGUUACAGAAAAAAUGUGAGAAACUGGAAGUGAAGACCAUCCUGAUAAAGGAGAAGGUGAGGACGUUUCAGUUGGUUGAUCACUACACGGAGUUAACUGUUAUUUCUGAUCUCCGUCACCGGAAACUUGUAGAACAUGAGCUGCUGGCGAGAGGCAGAGACCACGAGGAGUGGAGACAGGAGCAACUCCGGGGAGAGCUGGAAACAAUCCGAACUGAAAAACUAUUCCAGAGCAGCUUCUCUAAAGAAAGUCAUUCACCUUCUUCUCAGGGAAGCAGAUCUGACUCUCGCACAGGGAUCUCCGCAGUCGUGAGUGGAGUGGCUGGGAUUGGAAAAACAACCAUGGUGCAAAAGAUUGUCCAUGACUGGGCCACAGGCAAAAUCUAUCCUCACUUCCACUUUGUAUUCGUUUUUAAAUUCCGAGACCUAAACAGACUUCACGACAGAACAACGCUGAGCCGUCUGAUCGUGGAGCAGUAUCCUUACCUCAGGGGUGUUCUGGAUGAGCUGUGGAAACAUCCAGAGACCUUGCUCUUUAUAUUUGAUGGUUUGGAUGAAUUCAGGGCAAGGAUUGAUUUCGCUGACAGUCGGAGAGACACAGAGCCUCAGCGCAGGUGCACAGACCCUGAAUUCCUCUGUGAUGUAUCUGACAUUGUGUACAGUUUAAUACAGAAAAAGCUGCUGCCAGGCUGCUCAGUGCUGGUGACCAGCCGCCCCACUGCAUUACAGUUACUGGCAAAGGCUCAGGUCAGUGUCUGGGCUGAAAUCCUGGGAUUUGUGGGUGAAGAGAGAAGGGAAUAUUUUCACAAGUUUUUUGAAGAUCAGGAGGUGGCGGCUGCUGUUUACAGCCACGUGGAGGAGAACGAGCUCCUGCUCACCAUGUGCUUCAACCCGUCCUACUGCUGGAUCCUCGCUCUGUCUCUGGGUCCCUUCUUUACACGGAAACACAGCAACAAACAGCGAGUUCCCAAGACAGUCACACAACUCUUCUCCUAUUAUAUUUAUAACAUACUAUCACAUCACAGUGUCAAGAUGGAAAGCCCCCGUGAUGUGAUGCUGAAGAUUGGUGAGAUGGCCUUCACUGGAGUCUCCCAGAGAAACAUUGUCUUUAAUGAGGAAGAUCUGAUGAAAUAUAACCUCCAGCCUUCCCAGUUCCUCUCUGGGUUUCUCAUGGAACUUGUGGAGAGAGAGUCUUCAGAGCACAGCGUGGUCUACACAUUCCCGCACCUCACCAUCCAGGAGUUUGUAGCCGCACUCGCUCAGUUCCUGUCUCCUCAUUCCAAAAACACCAUGUGGCGUUUGAUCCGCAGUGACAAGGAGGAGGACGGCCGGUUUGAGAUAUUCCUGCGCUUUGUUGCGGGUCUCUCCUCCCCACGGGCAGCUCAGCCACUGGAGGAAUUUCUGGGGCCAUUUGUCCAUCAGACAACCUGCGCGGUGAUCGAUUGGCUGAAGGAGAAGGUUAAAGCUCAGAUUAGAGACACAAACACCGACACUGGGAAAAGGAAGCUGCUGAACACACUCCACUACCUGUUUGAGUCUCAGAAUCAAGCCCUGGCACAGCUCACACUGGGCUCUGUACACACACUGACAUUUGGUGACUUCUCUCCAGAGAAAGCAUUGAGACUGACACCGAUAGACUGUGUUGUGGUGUCUCAGGCCAUUGGACUGUGUGACACAAUAAAACAACUGAAUCUGAGGAACUGCUACAUUCAGGAGGAGGGUCUCCAGCGUCUGGUUGCUGCUCUGCACAAGUGUCAAGAGUUGCUUCUGGAGGGCAAUAAUCUGGGAGAUUGUGGAACAAAGCUGUCUUUUUUUAAGAAAAACAACUCCUUAUAUGGUUCUGUCUACAAAAUGUUUCAAUUCUCCGUUUAA